UAGUGACACAACUCAAAAAUUGGCAUUUUCGAGAUUACUAUAAAAAUGCAUUGCAAAAUACCCAUAUAUUUAUGUGCAAGAACGUCAUUUUUGAUGUUUCCAAAAUUCGCCGCAAGAUAGCUGUAGUGUCGUUAUUCCCUUAUCGUAUAAUCGCUAGUUUGUAAUCACGAAAAGUGACACAAAUCUAGUUGUGUUCCGACAGUCAAAUUAACAUCAUUAUUUAUUUUCAACUAAAACGACACAAAUCCAAAUGUGACACUUUUUCUAAAAUUAUUAACAAUCGUUAUUUUGAACAGUGACACAAUUCAAAAUAGGUCACUACUGUUGAACAAGUAAGAGGAAUUUGUAUAAUAAUUACAUUACUAUUAUAAACUUAUUCAGACUUGUGACACUUUUCUUGAAAUAAUAUCAGUUAUAAUUGGAGUUCUGUCAGUAAAUAAGUUUAUUUUUUGGCUUAUAACUAUUAUUAUAAUUAAUUAAAUAAUCAUAACAAUAUUAUAAUAUUAUGAUAUUAUUACAUUUAUAAUUUCUUUUAAUUGUAUUAUCUUAAUGGACUUAGUGUAAAUUAUAAAUAGAUCAAGUUAAAAAAACAUGACAUCUGCUGGAAGGUUGAGAUUGCUUAUGAAGUUGGUAAAGGUUAAACAAGAUGAACCCAAUCUGACUACACGUCAUAAUAUAGUUGAUAAAACUACUUUGUACGAAGUAAAAAAUGACGAGAAGUCUCAAUUAUUGCCAACAGAUAAUACACUUGUCAAUCCUACAUCUUCUGACGAGUUUAUUACUUUACAAAAUGUACCACCUUCACAUUAUUUUGAACGGAAUCACGAAGAUAAUGCCGUAUUAGAGAAAAAUGAAAUACCCAAUAUUGUAGAGCCUGCUACGUCAUCAUCACAGGCUGACGACAACAGAGAAAGUAGCCUAAAUGAUUAUGUAAUGUCUGAGGAUGAAUCUAUAGGAUAUAACAAUACAGAUGACAGUGAUUUGGAUCCAGACUAUGGCGAUGAGAAUUCCAGUUCAUCGUCGACGUCGAGUGAUGAAGUUCCCAACGAAGAGGCACCCUUAGAAGUUGAAGAAAUAAGAGGGAGAAAACGAAAGGCCAAACCAGAGAAGUGGAAUAAAUCAAUUAGGAAAGCAUGCAGAAAUCAUGGGAAAAAAUACACGUAUGUCAAUUCUAAAAAAGAAACCAAGGUUGUUGAAGAUAAAGCAAUGGGGCCACCAUGCAAAGACAGCUGCACCCUUAAUUGCAAAACAAAAGUGACCGAAGACCAACGGUUAACUAUUUUUACUAAUUAUUGGGCACUAGGCGAUUUACAGAGACAACGUAACUUUCUGUUGUUAAGUAUGGAGUCAGUUGAGCCUAGAUAUAGGUAUGUUCGCGAGAACAGUCAUAGACAGAAAAACAAUGCAUUUUAUUUUUCUGUUAAUGGUCAAAAGAUAAGAGUAUGCAAGACAUUUUUUAAAGCGACACUUUCCAUAUCUGACAGGCCAAUUAGAACAGUUUUAAACAAAAGCAAUGAUAAGACCAUCGGCAUGAUAGACAUUGAAAAGCGAGGAAAACAUGGCAAGCAAAAAAAAGUUGAUGAAAGCAUUAAAGAAGCAGUACGUUGUCACAUAAAAUCCAUUCCUAGGAUGGAGAGCCACUACUGCCGAAAAGAUUCUGUUAGAGAAUAUAUUGAAGGGGACAAAACUCUAGCAGACUUACAUAGGGACUACUGUGAAGAAACUGAAGCGCCACAUGCUAACUAUCUUAUGUACUCUAGAAUUUUCAAUACGGAAUUUAAUAUCGGAUUUCAUCGCCCAAAAAAAGAUCAAUGUGAAGACUGCAUAAAGUAUCAAAAUGCUCCUGAAGAGGAAAAAAAUACACUGAAAGAUAAAUACGAUCGACAUCUGGUAGAAAAGGAAUUAUCUCGUGAAGAAAAAAAAACUGAUAAAAAUAGCGAAAAUAAAAAUUUGAUUGUGGCAGUUUAUGACUUGGAGGCAGUUCUUCAAUGCCCUCGAGGAGAGGCAUCCGGUUUCUACUAUGUAUCCAAAAUUAAUGUAUUUAAUUUUACACUUUACGAACUGAAAUCAAAAAAUCCUGACGUUUUUUGCUACGUAUGGGAUGAGACACAAGCAAAACGCGGAGCUAAUGAGAUUGGAACAUGCGUCCUAAAAUACAUCGAAUCAUUGAAGGAUAGAGAAUCAGUCCAGAAUGGGGAGAAGUUAGACGUAAUAUUUUACAGUGACAACUGUUGUGGUCAGCAGAAAAAUCGAUUUAUGUUGUCGAUGUACCGCUAUGCUGUAGAAAAAUACUCGUAUAUAAAUUCCAUAACACACAAGUUUUUGGUCAAGGGACACAGUCAAAAUGAGGGAGACUGUGUGCAUUCGGUAAUUGAACGUACCGUCAAGAAAUUUUUAAAAUCAGGCCCAAUUUGCAUACCAGCACAAUACAUUACAUUAAUUCGUGGUGCAAAAAAAACUGGAAGGCCUUACCAGGUCAAUGAAAUGAGUUACGACUCCUUCUUUGAUUUGAAGAAUUUGGCCGAACAAUCUCUUAUCGGAACCAAUUUGAAGGAUUCAAAUGGCGAAGCCAUUAAAAUAACAAGUGUGUCCAUGUUUCGUUUUGAAAAGGAAAGUCCUCGAAAAAUUUUUUUUAAAACAUCUUAUUCUGAAAAAGAAUUUUGUGAGAUCCAUUUGAAAGAAAGACGAUCGAAAACCAGAAGUACUAUCAAUGAACUAAAACAGCUGUAUACUAGUAAAAUAGGGGCAGAGGCUAAAAAACCAGGUCUACUGAAACUACUAGAAAAAAAUGUUAUACCAAAAUCGUAUGCAUUUUUUUAUGAAAAUUUGUAAUUUUUUAAAUAUUAUGACUUAUAAUAAUUUUAUUUUAUGACGUUCCUAAAUUAUAGAACAAAUACAACUGUUAUUUUUAUGUUCUAAUAACUAAUUUAAUUUUUUAUAAUAGUUACGAAGUUCCUAAGUACAGAACAAGGCUGAUUAUACUGUAAUUUUAUUUUUAUCAAUAAAGUGUUCAAUUUUUAUU